AUGGAUGUUAACCACCAGUCUCCACAUUCAUUGAAAUGGGACAUGAGAAAGUUUUACCAGCGCUCCUGCGUUCCGGAAGUAUCGGAACCAAUUAGUGGUGUCGUGCAUGGAACGCUGCCACACUGGCUCCGAGGAAAGCUGCUAAGAAACGGCCCGGGCCUUUCUGCCGUCGGUCCUGAUCGCUACAACCACGUAUUUGAUGGUCUCGCAUUGGUAAGGCAGUUCAGCAUUGAGAACAGUCAUGUGUUCUACAAAAACCGCUUUCUGAGGAGUCAAUCGUACAUCCGCAACCGCAGGGCCAACCGAAUCGUCGUCUCCGAAUUCGGAACUUUGGCGCAUCCCGAUCCUUGUGCCACGCUGUUCGAACGCCUGUCUUCGUAUUUCACCAUGGACAUGACGGACAAUGCUCUCGUGAAUGUGAUGCCUAUAGGUGAUGAAGUCUACGCCUUGACAGAGUCACCAUACAUGUUCCGAGUGGAUCCUGUUACUCUGGAAACUGUUGACAAGAAGAACCUGACGGACUUCGUAGCCGUACAUACGGCCACGGCGCACCCACAUUUAGACGUGGAAGAUGGCACCACGUACAACAUCGGGACAAAGAUAGGACUUAAUCCUGGGUUUGUGUUAAUUCGCUACCCUCCCAGCGGCGAAUGCGUUCCCAGCUCAGUGAACAGCGUGAGAGUCGUGGGCAAGAUACCGUUCAGCUCCCGCACGACGGUGCCCUACGUCCACAGCUUCGCUCUCACGGAGAAAUGGGUGGUCGUAGUGGAGCAGCCUCUCGCUCUCCACUUGCCGACUAUGCUUCGGUGCAAAUUUCUUGGUGACAAGGCUUACGUUGAUGCACUGAAGUUCGACCCCGAGAAAGGCGUCCACUUUCACAUCAUGAACAAAAAGACUGGAGAACUGCAUUCCACCGUGUUCGAGGCCGCUACUUUUUUCAUAUUUCACCACAUAAAUGCCUUCGAGCAAGGUGAUGACGUCGUUGUUGAUGCUUGUUGCUUCGACGACGAGGGCAUCAUGAGGAGCUUAGUAUACACGGAAAAGAAUCCAGGAAACUUUGAGAUGGCCCACCUCCGCCGCUUUACUCUACCGCUGAAUCGAGGCCGGGGCGAGAGAAUCGCUGUAGAGCCACAGAAUCUGGCAAACGGCAACCUGCUAGGCGAGCUUCCGCGCAUCAACCAGAACCAUAACGGGAAGCCAUAUCGGUUCGUCUACUGCAUUAGCAAUGUUCCGGGUGAAGAACACAGGAUGUUUCUAUCCAAGCUUGACGUCAUCACUGGCGAAUGGCUGCGCUGGGAAAGAGAAAGAUGGUACCCGUCCGAACCAGUCUUUGUUCCUCGACCAGGUUCCGUCGAAGAGGACGAUGGAGUCGUUCUAAGUUCUCUGCUUCAAGAGGACAAGGAAAAGAAGCUGGCCCUCGUCGUACUUGAUGCACAGAGCUUCCGGCAGUUGGCUGUGGUGGAAUUCGAUUGUCCGUCCUCGGUCCCCGGAGAUUUUCACGGCUGGUUUUUCCAGGACCGAGACUAA